CUUCAUUACACGUUUCUACAGACAGGCAUGAGGCAAGAGGGCAUAGGCGAAUGGGGAGGCAUCAGGGCACACAUCCUCUAGUCUCGAAAGCAUUUAUGUACAUAAUAUGACAUAAGUAGUUGCGACGUUUAGCUCUCUUAACGUAUUGCCGUGCGCCUCUUGGCGUAUAGCCGUGCGCCUUGGCAUCAAUGCCCGAUGACAACAAACCAGAUGUAUCAUUAACCCGCAAACAAGCCUGUGUGAUAGUGGUGCUUAUAUGUUUAGCUACAGCCUCCUUUCCAGCGGCAAAUGCAAGGGCGGAGGGGGGCCGCCGACAGGGGAGACCCGCACAGGCUUACGGCGGACAGGAUACCAUGGGCGCGAAUAGUGAUGCGUCUCACAAUAAGGGGCUCCCUGAGGUACUGGUGGGAGGCGACACCCCUCGGCGUGCAAUGGCGUCAAUCGGGCUAGGUGAAGUAGAUUCCGCCUCCGAUGCCGGCAUAUUCGUCGUACCCGUCCUACCGUACGGCUUGAGCAACCAGAUCAUCGCCUUGAAGGAGGCACUGGCGCUGGCGUCGCUUAAUAACUGGACCGUUGUGACAUACGGCUUCUGGCCGCACUAUAGCGAAUUGGAAGCGGCGGGAAUAGUGAUUACCAGCUUGAAGACAACGACUAAAGCAAGCGACAAGUCAGCAGCUAGCGAGAAGGGCACUCGUGGCAGAGGCAGCAGGCGUCAGGCUAUGGCAGCGCUCGCUGAGGACAAGCGUAGUGUUGGGACGGAUAAUGUGUCGAGAGUUUGGCAGGAGAAGGCUGAUGAACUGAGGCGGCAAGCACGGGGCAUCCUUCACGAUGAAGACGAGGCAUCGGCUGGUAAUGUCGCAGGGCAGCAGGACCGCAGCGGAUUGAAACAAGGGGAGGAGGAAGCGCAGCAGCGUGGAUCCCAUACCAUGCCAUUCGACCUCAUCUUCGACCGGCAGGCGCUUGCUCCAAUGGUUCGGGUCAUCAGCCGUGAAGAUGCCAUACAGCAGCAAGUCUGGCCGCCUAGGGGCAGGGCGGAUGCGCUCAUACUGCUAAGCAAAACAUCGGGCAUAGAGGAAGCCUUGGGCAAGGCAAAGACUUCAGGGUUAUUCGACGCAAGUGGUGUCGGAGUUAUCCGUAACGACGCGUUCAGGUGCGACAAGCGCGGCCUGGCCUGGGUAUCCGCAGCCGUGAGGCGACACCGCUGGGUGCUGCUGUACAGCUACCGCCGUAUCGUGCCCCCGGCUCGCAGCUCCUACCGCAGCUUCGCACACGAUGAGAGCCCAUGCGCGCGGGCUUAUCACGAGGUGUCGCUGCGCCUGUCCAAAUCGCCUGUGGUGGCCGCAACAGCGCAUGAUUUUGUGGCUGCUGCACUAGCGGCCUUCCAGCAGCAGGCAGCACCCUUACCGCUGCCCGCGGUUGGUAACGCAGCAGCAUCCACAACUAGCAGUAACGACGGUUACAGCAGCACUAGCAGCAUCAAGCCUUACUACAUAGCGUUGCAUGUUCGGCCUUACCCAGAUGAUUGCCUUAAGUACUUUGUCGAAAUGACUUCCUUCGACGCAAACGCUGCAGCCAAGGAAUGUCAAAACCCGCUGCUGCUGGUAAAGAUGGUACCGCUGGUCCGGAAAAUUAUCCAGGCAGCCUCCUCAGCGCAUGCAUCCCCAGACGGCAGUUCGGUAUCCGAGCAGGCUCCUGGGCAGCCCAUGCAGGCCACCACCGCAGCACCAGCUGCGUUGUUCCUUAUGGCGCACCCCCGUGUCCGUGACGUGGUUCGCCGGGAGUUCAUACGAUUGUGGGAGCUAGGCGAUACCGCACCAGCAGGGCAAGAGCAGAGAAAGGGCAGCAGUUCGUCAAAACGCACGCAGAAGGGCACGCGCGGCAGCGGAUCCAGGGCUUCCCGCAAGCUUUCUGCUAAGCGUUUCAAGGCUAAGAAGGACGAGUCCGAAACGGCGGAUACGGAGCAUGAUAGCGAUAAAGUGGGUGGCCGCGUCACAGAUACGGAUCAGGCACCUGCAUCUCAGACCCUGCCGCUGCCACGACUUUUUUUCCUGGACGUGGCAGACCUGCCAGCGGAGCUAAGGCACCGUAUUGGAUCAAAUAGCCUGUUGUCAAUGGUGGAGCAGGAGAUUUGCCGCACGGCGCAUGCCUUCAUUGGUACGGCAGCUUCCUCGAUCAGCGUCAUUGUGGCACAGGAGCGUGUGGCAGCCGACACAGCUGCUGUGGCAGCCAACGGGGCUGAUGGAGACACACGCGAGUCGCCGGAGAUGGGGCACGGGGGUGACAAUGCUGGUGUCGGCGACGAGCGCUUUGUUGGGAAUGCCAGUGUCUUUGGGGCAGGGCGGGUGACAAUUUUGCUGUGAUAGCCAUCAGGAUUGUGCGGAACGAACAAAUGAAAGCUGCUUGCUAGAAACGUAUUGCGGCGCACCAGCAAAUUAUUUGAAUACUGCUUGCAUCAUGUAGCUUACGAGAAGAUGGUGUCCUAGGGUUGUUCUGGCCAUGUCUGCUUUCAGGCUGCAUGGAUGCCUUGUCAAUGCCGGAUAAAGAGACGCUUGCAUGUUGUGGCAGCAUUGCAAUUGUGCCGUUUCCUUCCGUGGCUUCUGCUUUCUCCUUGCAUGUUAGACAGCGCUUUCCCGCGACGGGCAGAGGACAGGGCGACUGUAAGAUGCCGCCACACCAGAAGAUGGUUAAACCGGCCAAGAUUCGGGCUAAGCGCGUGUUUUUCUGUCCCUUGUUUAGGGGAGAGAUGGAUGUGUGCCCCUGGCGAGUGCUGGCUCCUCGUAUGCAACAAUAAAUUGUUUAAACACCAC